AUGUCUGCCACCAUCGACAUCGACAACAUCAUCAACCGCCUCCUUGAGGUUCGCGGUGACCGCCCCGGCCGCACUGUUGACCUCAGCGAGUCGGACAUCCGCCUUCUGUGCGCCCAGGCGCGCGACAUCUUCAUGAGCCAGCCCGUCCUGCUGGAGCUCGAGGCCCCGAUCAAGAUUUGCGGUGAUAUUCACGGUCAGUACUACGACCUGCUGCGGCUAUUCGAGUACGGCGGCUUCCCGCCCGACACGAACUACCUCUUCCUCGGUGAUUACGUCGACCGCGGCAAGCAGAGCAUCGAGACCAUCUGCCUGCUGUUGGCCUACAAGAUCAAGUACCCGGAGAACUUCUUCAUCCUGCGCGGCAACCACGAGUGCGCCGCCAUCAACCGCAUCUACGGCUUCUACGAUGAGUGCAAGCGCCGCUACAGCAUCAAGCUCUGGAAGACCUUCACCGACUGCUUCAACACCCUGCCCAUUGCGGCCAUCGUCGGGGACAAGAUCUUCGCCAUGCAUGGUGGUCUGUCGCCGGACCUGCAGUCCAUGGAGCAGAUCCGCCGGACCGUUCGGCCCACCGACAUCCCGGACUGCGGGCUCCUGUGUGAUCUCCUCUGGUCGGAUCCGGACAAGGAUGUCACCGGCUGGGGCGAGAAUGACCGUGGUGUGUCCUUCACCUUCGGGCCGGACAUCGUGGAGACCUUCCUCGAGAACCACGACAUGGACCUGAUUUGCCGCGCGCACCAGGUCAUCGAGGAUGGCUACGAGUUUUUCGCCCACCGGAAGCUGGUCACCCUCUUCUCGGCGCCCAACUACUGCGGUGAGUUCGACAACGCCGGGGCCAUGAUGAGCGUCGAUGAGAAUCUCCUCUGCUCCUUCCAGAUUCUCAAGCCGGCCGAGAAGAAGCCCCGCUAUGCGUACCCCGCCGCGCAGACCGGGAAACCCAUGGCGCCCUCUCGUGUGAGCACCCGCAACCCGAAGAAGAAGUAG